AUCUUAUUCAAAGACUGCGGAAACUGUUUGUAAUGAUACCUCCAUUAAACGGUUUACGACAUUGCCUCCCUGCGAGUGACAAAAAAACGUACAAGAACGUAUCGAGUUAUCGAACUCAUUCAUACACUGAUUACACGGUUGCAUGCCACAAUCAUCUUCCAGUCACGUUUACAAUAUAGAGCAGCGAUAGAUUAGGGAACAUUUCAUCAGCACCAAUGUGACGCGACAUAAUUUCUGUGGUUGGAUAAAUGAUUAAUCUCACGUGAAAGAUCCUCUUAUCGUCUAGCGUGCUAUCAGUUUGAUGUUGUGAAAUACGCUAGAAAAACUGAGUAUAAACUAUAAAACCAGGCUCGCUAGACAUUUCAGUUUGUGUGGUAACAUUGCAAAGUAAUCAUGAUGUCUAGCAACGUACUCUUAGUUGUGGCGUUGGCUUUGGUGAGUUUCACCAGAGCACAGCAGGACGAUCUGUUUCCGCUGUCGGUUGUGCACUUCAACGACCUGCACGCACGAUACAACCAGGUCAACUUGGAAGGAUUCACCUGUAUCGGACAGGAACGUUGCCAGGGUGGCUAUUCUCGGCAGGUGAGCGCCGUCCGUCAGAUACAAGCCGGAGCGGAAAAUUCGAUAUACGUGAACGCCGGUGGUAAUUUCAAAGGUACGCUGUGGUACACCGUACAUCGAUGGGAGGUCGUUGCGGCCAUGUUGAACGUGCUGCCCGCUGAUGCGAUGACAUUGGGUCGGUUCGAUUUCUUCCACGAAUUGGAAGGCCUCAACCCAUUUUUGGCCGCAUCGGAAACACCGGUUGUGUUGACCAACGUGGACAAUUCGGCGGAACCGUCAUUUGUGAACUUUGAACGCUCGGUCGUGGUCGAACGUUCGGGUCGUCGCAUCGGAAUUCUCGGUGUAAUCCGCCCAGAUGUGGACGCCGUUGGCCGUCCAGGAAAUCUAACGUUUUCCGACCCUAUCGAGGCUGUGCGUAACGAAUCAGCUCGGCUCGCUGAGGAAGGUGUGGACAUUGUUGUGGUGCUUUCAUACUACGGACUCAACAAUGACCGAAGAAUGGCACGAAACUGUGGUCCGCAUGUCGAUCUGAUCGUUGGUGGAUCUUCCAAUACGGUGCUAUUUAGUGGAAACGAUGCGGACUUCCCGCUUGAGGUGGAGGGAGAAUACCCAACAGUUGAGUUACAGCCCGACGGACGAAGAGUUCUGGUGGUGCAGGCUGGCUCUUACGGUCGGUUGGUAGGCAAUCUGACAGUCUUCUUCAAUGAGGAAGGAGAGAUUGAAGAAUGGGAAGGCAACCCAGUGUUUUUGGACUCAAACACGCCCGAAGACCCAGAGGUGAUGGCAGCACUGCUACCAUUCCGAGAGGAGGUAGAAACUCUUGGAAAUCGUACUGUUGCCGUUGCUGAGGUAGAUAUGUCCCGGCAAGACUGUGUUUCGGGUGAAUGUUUGCUUGGUUCGCUGAUCACCGACUCAAUGGUGAGGGCCUUCUUCCCAGUGUACAACGGAAUUGCGCUCCAAAACCGUGGCGGUAUUCGAGGUGAUCUACAAGCCGGUACGGUCACCUACAAACAGCUGUUCGAGGUACUACCGUUUGAGAAUCAACUAUUUUCGUUGCUGCUCCGCGGUGACCAUCUAAUGUCAGUUCUAGAAGACAGUGUGCGCAGUGCAACGAUGAACAAUGGUACGGUACAGGCUUGGGAUCUCCUGCAGGUGUCAGGGUUGAGAGUGACUUACCGCAUCACCAAUCCACCUGGCAGAAGAUUGGUCUCACUGGAAGUGCUAUGCCAGCAGUGUACGGGACCAGUGUAUGAACCGAUCAAUCCGUUCCGGGAGUAUCGAGUAGCACUCACUAGUUUCUUGGCCGAGGGUGGCGAUCGGUUCACAACAAUUGCCCGUGAGGGUAUGGAUCUCGAAGAAGGACCGGUAGAUUUGGAUGCUUUUGAAGAGCACGUAGAACGGCUAUCACCACUCAGAGAUGCUGAAGCAGGACGUAUUCGUUUCGUGUUCUGAUUUAGCGGUCGUUUCGGACCAUUUUAAA